CGGGCACUAAGCAAGUCAUCAAUGGACUUGAAGAUCAAGCUGGAGACGCGUCCGUCGAAGGUACACGUGCUGUCGAAAGCGCUGACGAAGGAGCUCCUGAUGAGCAGGCUCCUCCAAAUGCUCCCGCUGCGCCUGUCGCGCGCAUGAUUGGGGAGCAAGUCGAGCCAGUCAUGAAUGUACCCAUCAGACAGGCUGAUGAAGGUCGCGUAUGGAGUGACUUAGUGUCUACAACUCCUCAGCUUUCAAGCCCAACGCAUGAUGUGCAAGUAGACAACGCGCCCGAUGGUCCGGUUAUCACCGCGAUUGUGAAGGAAUCCAACGACUUCCUCGGCGAAGGACCUGUCGACGAACCAGUGGAACGGUCUGAAGAUGUGCUCGCGUCGAAGAAUGAGAUUCUUCAGGCCGGAAUAUUUACCGACGCGCUCGACGAACAAGCUAUAAGCGCCCCAGACCAGCAAGAUUUCGACGCCCCCACUGCUCGGGAUACGAUGUCACCGGCUAAGCAGGUGCUCAGUGAUCACGCUGUGGACAUUGCUGCUCGCGAGACUCCUGCGCACGCCGUGCAUAUCGCUGACUCGCCUGGCCGUCGAACUGCUGAUGCGACCGCUGUGGAAGAACGAGUCAGGAAGAAGUCAGCCGCUGCGCUCAUAGAUCGAGCCAUUGACGUGCUUGAGGAACGAUCCGCCGACGCACCAGUUCCGCGAGCUGAAGGCCGCCGCCUUCUAGACAUUGACACACCACCCGCAACUCAAGAUGCUCCUAGGGAACGCAUUCACUACAAGCAGAAGGUCGAUGCAUUCGAGAUCAGAGCAACCGAAGUGGUACAUGAAGAACAAGUCCCCGGCGUUUCUGAUAGGCAAAACAUCGACGCGACCGCUACCAAAGUCGAAGGCUUGCCUGCGGAUCACGCCGUCGACGAUACCUUCGAUGUCGCUGGUAUCUUGUUACUGCUUCCGCCUCCUGAUCUUGUAUACUGAAAGCGUCGUAGGUACCACGAGCGCACACUUCCCUGCCUCUGACCAUCAAGCAUCCUGCGGGCUUCAAGAGCAUGACAUCAGUCCGCUGCACAAGGGAACCGCCCAAGUGCCUGUCUCGGGGGAUGCAGACCCGACCAAGCAUACCACUCAUGCACCCGAGUCCGCCAUUUUGGCGUCUGUAAUCGUAGUUCCCGCCGCUCACAAAGAACCAGCUACGGGUGCUA